AUGGGUCUCUUCAUUCCUCCAAACAAGUUGGAAAACUUGCGUUUGUACAAGUACUCGUCCGAGGACCACUCCAUCAUCUCUAAAUAUAUCCUCAAAGCAUGGUGGAACUCGUUUGUCAAGAUCUUUCCAUUGUCCAUGGCACCCAACGUGAUUACCCUCCUCGGCUUGGUGUGGGUGUUGGUCAAUUUGGCAUGCGUGUUCUACUACGACCCCUACUUGAAUAGUGGUGAGACUCCCAGAUGGUGCUACUUCUUCUAUGCGUUUGGCUUGUUCAUGUACCAGACGUUUGAUGGGUGUGACGGGUGCCACGCCAGAAGAACCGGCCAGUCAGGUCCCUUGGGCGAGUUGUUUGACCACUCCAUCGACGCUAUCAAUACCAGCUUGGGUGCCUUGGUCUUUGCGUCUGUGCUCAGAAUGGGCUUUGGCGGUUUGCUCAUGUUGUCCCAGUUUGCAACGGUGUGCAACUUCUACGUGUCCACCUGGGAAGAGUACCACACCCACACCUUGUACUUGUCCCAGUUCAGUGGUCCAGUUGAAGGUGUGUUGAUGAUCUGCUGCCUCUACAUCAUCACCGGGAUUUUGGGGCCUGAUAUCUGGAACAUCAAGUUGAUGGACUUGGACUUGUCGUCCCUUGGCUUCCAAGGACUGUACCAGAUCUCGACCUCCGCGUUCUACGUGGUCGCUGGCUUAGGCUCGUUGUACUUCAACAUCAUCUCCGCCAUGAAGAACGUCACCAAGUACUACGAAAAGCAAUCCAAGACCCUGGCCAAGUCCAAGGUCGACGACGCAUACUUGGGGUUGCUUCCAUUCUUCUCGUACUACGGUGUGGUCAUUUUAUUUGUGUGGUUCUAUCCCGAAGUCACCUCCAACCACGGAUUUGCUUUGGUUUUGUCCAUCUGCUUUACGGUUGCAUUCAGUGUCGGCAGAAUCAUCUUGGCUCACUUGACCCUCCAGUCGUUCCCCAUGAUCCAGGUUCCUAUGAUCACCCCCGUGUUGCAGCUUUUCAUCUCCAAGGUGUUGAUCAGUCUCUACGGAUACGACAGAGACUUGGUGUUGCACUCUGUCAGUUGGUUGGGGCUUGGAAUCACCUUAGGUAUCCACAGUGUGUUCGUGGUGGAGAUCAUCACCGAAAUCACCACCUAUUUGGACAUCUAUGCCUUGUCAAUCAAGCACAAGAGAGCGUAG